CAUGUGCAAGUGAAUACGGAAGUAAACAUGAUCUUGUUGCUCAACAAAUAGAAAGUAGUGUAUGAGAAGGUUUUGGACAUCAGGGAUCACUAUGUCUACCAGCAAUAGACUGGCAAAAUUUAAGCAAGACUGUAUUGAAGUUAUUUCUAUGUGCGAAAAUUAUAAGUGGUCAUUUACAGGAUUUUCUCAGAGUGACAACACAUUAACAUUUGCUUGGGACAAGGUACAGAACUGCAACUUCUCGCUGUGUGUGUCUGAAGAGGACUACCCAGAGAACACCUUACUUACCCAAGUUCUUGAAGGAGAAGAAUCAACUAGUCUACAUAACAAGCCUAUCCAGUUUAUCUUAGUAAAACUCAGGGAUGACUUGCUUCGACGAUACAAGCCUACACUGGAUGACAUCAAGAAGGCCAAGCUUGAUGCCCAGCCAGUUGAAGCCUCCUCCUUAAAACGACUGGUGAGCGUAGAGUCGACAGGAAGCUCGGUGUACGCCGACUGUAUGUCUGCGGACUCGGACGAGGAUGAUGACAUGGAAGGGUAUUACAAUGACUACUACCACCAGUAUCAGCAGCAGGAAGAGCUAGAGAAUGAAAACUCCGAUAAGAUGAAUGACUUGCUGACAAAUGAUAUGGAACAAGUUAAACUACUGUACGGAGAGAGGUCACUAUCAUAUAGGUUAUUAGGAAGUAUCUACGAAGUUGAUGUUGAACUUAGCAUUCCACUGUCAUUUCUAAAUGAAGAAGUAGCUGAGGCCUGGAAGCUCAAUCGGAAGGAGCCCCUCAUCGUCCGUAUUCACCUGUCCUCUCUCCAUUAUCUCGAUGUUAAAGAUCCACCCAAAGUUGAAGUAUUCCAGCCUUCCAAGAAGGACAAGUUUGGUGUUGGAAGUCAGUUAAGAAAAAUAUUGGAGGUAUUCUUGUCAGACCAAUGGAAAACUCUCAGCAAUGCCUCCCUGAAGACGGCGACAGCCCCAAAGUCAUUCAGCGUUCCAUCAUCCUUGUCGUCCAUGACAUUACCGGCUGAAUCAAAGGAUGACAAGGACCCGGACCCGUUCAGGGUGGAGGACGAUGCUAUAGCACAGGUGGUGGAGAUGGGCUUCUCCCCGGAGGUUGCUAGGAACGCCUUGAUCAUCACACGAGGCAAUGUGCAGGAGGCCCUCAACUUAGUACUGACUAACCCAGAAAGUUGUACAGAUUUUGACAUCCUCUCUCAAAAUCUGGAGAAGAAAGUAAACAAAUCUCAUGCGCCUCCCCACCGACAGCAUUCCCAUCCACCCGUGCCUUGUAACAUGAAGAAACAUGUGAAACGGAAAUCAGGUUACAGUCGACAGAAGAGCAUUGCAACAUCGUCUACGUCACCUAAUCUGUGUAUGCCGCCCAUGGAGGAUCUGUCUCUCCUGCCGUCCUCCACACUUAGUGGGAAGAAUGCUAAACAAGUGCCAGGUCUACACGAUGGCUUCCUUGUUCAGGUGUUCCGGUAUGUCCGACAGAGGAUCCCAACCCUCAAUGAAUACUGUGUAGUCUGUGAUGAACCUCAUGUCUUUCAAAACGGAGCCAUGCUUAAGCCUGCUGUUUGUUCGCGAGAGCUGUGUGUAUUUGCCUUCCAAACACUGGGUGUCAUGGUCGAUGCUGCUGAUGACAUAGCAACAGGAGCCGAGGUGGUUGUGUUGCUGAUAGCUAUGACAAGAGCAGCCUGUAACUCUGCCAGAAAAGCUACGAUCUUCGACCCUUUCCCCACUGUAGUGGAUCCAACCAACCCCCAAGAACUUGUGCUGUCACCAAAGAACAAGGAUUAUGCAAAGGUGAUAAGGAUCAUCCAGGCUUUCCCCACUAUCCAGGAGAUGAUGAGACUUGGUAGCACCACUCUCAAGAAGGAAAUGGAUGUCAGGAAUGCUAAUGCAUAUCCGCUGCUUCAGUGGAUUAUUGCAAGCAACCGUUCCCACAUAGUGAAGCUGCCACCUGACAGACAACUGAGCUUCAUGCACACGCCCCAUCAGUUCCUGUUGAUGAGCAGUCCGCCAGCCAAGGAAGCCAAGUUCAGAGAGGAGAAAGUCAAAUAUGGCAGCACUUUCGCUUUCCAUGGGUCGAGUAUAGAGAACUGGCACUCCAUCAUCAGGGAGGGACUCAUUGUGGCAUCAGGGACCACCAAGCAGAUGAACGGGGCAGCAUACGGCAAGGGCAUCUACCUCAGCCCCUCCUCCAGCGUGUCCUUCGGCUACUCUCGUAUGGGAUACGGAUACUACAACUCCAAAAGUAAACCUGCUGAACAAGAACAGUCCAAGACACGCUUCCUCAUGAGUGAUAACAUUACGUGCGUGGCGCUGUGUGAAGUGUUGACGUCAUCCAACCUGAAAAAGAACAAUGACAUUUGGGUGUGUCCGAGCAUGGACCAUGUCUGCACCAGGUUCUUCUUUGUGUAUGAAGAUGGCCAAGUCGGAGACAACACUAUCAACACACAAAAGGACAGAUAUAAACAGGAGAUUAUGCGGGCCGUGGGAUACAGGAAUGUCUAGUGCCAUCAGAACUGGUUUCCAUGUGCUUGAAAGUGGCAGUUUCUGAUGUUUCCACAGUGUGAAGAAUUGAAGACAAGACGAGACAACCACCAUGACAAGGGAAUAUAACCAGUAACAUUCACCCUGCGUGAUGGCAUCGCUGUGUGUGUUCAGCAAAGAUGCAUGCAUAAUAUUGGAAGCAACUGCUCUGAUAGAAUACAUGGCACUGACUCAACUGAACCCAGUGCCAUGGUCAGGAUGGCAAUGACGAAGAAAUGUGAUAAAUAUCAUCUGACGUUACUUCUGUGAAUACUAAUCUAUACUGUUUUCUCAAACAAGAAGCUACAGCCGUUUCAGGAGUGACAGUUUCACAGAUUGAUGGAAUUCCAGUGAUUGGAACAGCAGCUGCCUGGUUUCCGUGGUUGUUUGUUUCACUACCCCGGACACAGGACAGCGGCUGUUCACCUGUACUGUAGUUCUAAGGUAGUCAGCCCUUUCUGCAUUGGGAAAUUGAUAUGUUGAUAUAUUUUUACAACUUGACUGAGAACAUAAGGGAGUUACUUAAGAUAUGCAUGCCCCCUGUACAUAUAGGAAACCAUCAUCAUCAAUUUUGCAGCCCAUCAACAGUGAAGGAGUCUUCACUAUUAUUUUCUGCUGAGAGGUCAGUGUCACAUUUUUAUUGUUGACACUUUGUUGCUUCACUUUGCUAUGUCCUGGAAACUGAGAAUUAGUAUGAGUUUACAGUCAGCGAGGGACCUUCAGGAAUGUUUUCCCUCAACGAUUAUUUCUCAACAAUGUGGAGGGUCAAGUUUAUGUAAUCUCGAUCAUAACCAGAUCGUUCUACAAAGCUGUUUUAUUAGUAUUAAGUUGAAGUAUCAGUGUCUUUCGACUAUGAUUGUUCUGCGCAAGUAGGCCCAACCUGAGCUUUAUUGAUCACCAGACGACAGAGAUAUGUGAUCUUUGAGUAGCAGUUCAGAAGCAAUGACGAGUUGACUCAUGGAUGUCAACUUUUUUAUUCAUGUUCGGCGCCAUGUUUUGUACAGAUGCUGUACAUAUGCUUGAUGAAAGCACCAGCAUCUGAAGCGACUAUGCUUGUCGUAAGAGGCGACUAACGGGAUCAGGUGGUCAGGUUCGCUGACUUGGUUGAUGCAUGUCAUUGUAUCCCAAUUGCGUGGAUCGAUGCUCAUGAUAUCAAUCACUGGAUUUUCUGGUCCAGACUUGAUUAUUUACACACCAACUUCAUAUAGCUGGAAUAUUGCUGAGAGAGGAAACAAACAAGCCAGCAUCUGUACUAGAACAUCAACUCCAUUUCUGACUCUGGCUACAUCAUUGCAUCUGAUCAGUCAGUUUAUAGUUUUGUAUUGACCUGAUUUAGUAUCACAGCCGUCCUAUGUACUGACUGCUGGCCUGUAAACAUUGUGUUACUAAUAUCACUGAGCAAUUAUCUCUCUUCAAGUUUAGAUCAAAGUGAAAUAUUAUGGUCCUGUUAACGUGAUGCAUGUGCAGAAUGGAUUGAGAACAUUCCUCCCACAGUGAGAACGACUUACCAGACUUGAAUCAACAGUGCUGGCUAAGCUACCACAGGUUACAGGGUCCAAUAGAGUGUUCAGCUGGAGAACGUUAAGGUUUGUUAGUGUAGCUACAUCACCAUGUAUCAAAAGAUGCUCACAAACUGUGUGUAUGGAACUUCAUUUGGUUGCUUUUUAACCUUUGGUCUGAGUGAUAAGGCACACUUCUAUUCUGUAUGUCCCAAACAGGUAAACUUAAAUAUAUUCAGUGAGGAAAUGGUUAUAUAGAUGUGCAAAUGGGUAGAUUAGUGUGUUUUGAUAAGCAUUCCACUCAUUAUAAAAAAGUCCACUAAUUAUGCAGUUUGUCUGAAUCAGUUGACAUGGUGUGUUUUUUUCCUUUGUUUUGAAUGCAUAAUGAUAAACAUGUGUUUUCUGCUUGAAGAGCUAAAGGUUAUGUCAACAUGGUUAGUUGUUGUAUUGCUGACUCUUUGCUUCUUGUAUUUGAAUCUAUUGUCUUCUUACAAGCUACUUCAGAUGUUCUAUAUUCAUCAUAAUAAGCUUAAUUUACAAAAUGUUAUCUAGUGAAGCUUAGCCAUUCCUGCUGUUAUAGUAUUAGACAAUAUCAUGCUUGGAUUAGCAGGGGAUUGUCUGCUGUGAUAAGACUAGACGAAGCAAGCAGUGUCACUGUAGCUGGAAUUCUAGCAUCUCCAGCAGGACCGUAUUUUGUUUAUUGUGACUGCCAUUCUCCAAGCCAUUUUGUUGGUGAUCUCAAGGGUAUCGUUGGGUCGCCCUAUUUUCCAUUCUCACUAAUACCCUGUAGUGUAUGGUAGUAACAUAGACCGUAUCAAUGAUCCUGAUCUGAGCAGUGUCCAUUUGGGAGAUAAAGAUUAAAAUGACAAAAGACGAAAAAUGUAAGAUUUUUUGUGUGUUUCUUAUUAACACAGUGCUAGGGAUGUUGAAUGUGGUACAGUGAUGCUUAAUGAAGGAAGUGUGACACAAAUAGCACUCCAUGCAUGUUACCAUCAACAUUUAGAAUAUUUCUUUCUAAGAGGAUCUUCUUUGUAACUAAUUUCUGAACAUUCCCAUGAAGAGUCCGGGUUAGAAUUGGUCUUCAGAAACCUAUGCUUGUCGUAAUAGGCGAUUAAUGGAAUCGGAUGGUCAGGGUCGCUGACUUGGUUGAUGCAUGUCAUCUUGUUCCAAUUGUGUGGAUCGAUGCUCAUGAUGUCAAUCACUGGAUUGUCUGGUCCAGUUGUGAUUAAUUGCAGACCGCAAUCAUAUAGCUGGAAUAUUGCUGAGUGUGGUGUCAAACAUCAAACAAACAAAUGUCUUGAACAUGUAAUUCUGAGAUCUGCCUUUUGGUUCACUGAACUUUGCAAAUACGUGAUCCAGUGUUUCACAUAUUUUGUUGCUUUUUUAGAAAUUUAGUCAUGAAUUCAGGCCUUAUUCGUGUUUCUGCUGUGCAGCAUGAGGCAAUAAAUGCUUAAAUUUUUAUCCACAUUGUGUGAUGUGUGAAUGGUGGGUGCCAUCUGUAGGGCAAGACAUGCUUACCAAACACCAGUUGUCAUCAUUGAUUUUCAGUAGUCCAAUCCUGUAGUUUCACAGGUAUUUUGCCCUUUCCAUCAAAUAGAAUCUGUUUUGGCAGCUAAUUAAGACUAGCUAUUCUCAUGCAUUGACAAUGUCAAUCUUUUAUAACCAUUUUUUGUCAUAUAGAAGAUGAACAAGAAGGGUUGACUGUUCAGUUCAUGAAUACUUAGCUCAUCUUUUUCCGAAACCGUUUUCAGAUAUAAAAAUGAAAUUUGAAAUUGAUGUUAUAUGAUGGCAUUGAAAUUAGAUUUCAUUAUGAUGUGUGGGUUUGUUAGUUGGAGAGAAAUAGAAACUGUAAAGAGAUUUAAAAGUUGUGAGUUUACCUAAACAACCAUGGUUUGAUGGAUGAGUGAAUAAGGGCGUUUUAUUUCUUUUUGUGCCAAGAUCCCUCAACUGUGUUAGUUUUGAUCAGUGAGAUGAGUUUCUCACAAUAAGCUUGAGAGAUUUGACAUUUGCUUAGGCAUCAGAAUUGAAAAGAAGGUUUCUCUGGAAAAUUCCUGUGCCUUCUGAAGAUCACAAAUUUCCAAUAUUGACAUCUUGAUCAAUGUGGGUAGUAGCCACAAAAUCCUACUGCUCAUGCAGUGGUAACAUUAGACGGUAUACAUGUAUUCUUGAAAGUGACCUAGCAAAUGUAGUUGUGAAAAACAGACCUGGAUGAUUUUAAUUUUUUUUUUUUACAUGUAUACAUAAAUUACAAGUUGCUUGAGUGUUUAAUUGCUAUUAUCAGCAGAACAUCAUCAUCGUCUCAAGAAACUUGCUCAGUUCUUUGCUUUAAACCCUGGCACUGGAUCGAUAUGUCAUAUUAAAACUGUGUGUAAAGUAGCUGUUUAUAAUGUGUACAAAGUGAUCAGUGUUCUGGAAUUUGGAUGUUUAUUAUUGUGAAAUGUACAUUCCAAGUUCCAAUUUGCUCCAAACUGUGUGUGUACUUUUAACCUGUAAAUUCAAAUGGCAUCAUCUUACUGCUCCAGAUGCAAAUGUUCUCGAUUAAUCAUUUCUAUUUUUGCCUUGUACAUGAUGUAUGUAAAUAUUCUUUAUAUAUUUCUGUAAGAGAAUAUGUUUCCUUGGCUGGAAAUAGGAAUGGUUUGAUUUGUGCAGUGUAAAUAUGAUGUUAACGCAGAACAUGUUUUAACAUGCUGUUGUGAAGGGACAAUAUUGCGCAUUUUGACACUCCAUGAUCUGUUUCAUGUACCAGAACCGAAAAUGAAAAAGAAUUAACAUCAUCAACUGAAUUUUAGAUGUGUCCGGAUUCAGGCCUUGACUAAUAUUCCGGAAACAGUCGACCCCAGUUAGAAACACUUAGAAUUGGUCCCCAGCAACCUAUUUGACCCCCAUGGUGAUUCUAGGUUAGAAUUGGUCCCCAGCAACCUAUUUGACCCCAUGGUGAUUCUAGGUUAGAAUUGGUCCCCAGCAACCUUCUGACC